AUGGAGCAGCAAGCCCUGGAACCCAUUUCCAGGCACAUUAAGGACGAGAAGUUGAUUGGGAGUAGUCAGCGCAGAUUCACCAAGGGGAGGGCAUGCUUGACCAACUUGAUAACUUUCUAUGAUGAAAUGACUGGCUUAGUAGAUGAGGGGAGAACAGUUGAUAUCGUCUACACAGACGGAAGGAAGGCUUUUUACACUGUUUCCCAUAAUAUCCUCAUAGGGAAGCUAAUGAACCUGGAGAAGGCUCAGGGGGAAUUUUAUCAAUGUAUUGAAAUACUUGAUGAGAGGAAAUUUAGGCUUCAGGCUCGAAUUGCUCACAGAAUCCAAGAACUAGAGAACCUGCCUGGCUCUUUGCCUCCUGAUCUGCGAACCAAAGCUACAGUGGAGUUGAAGGCACUUCGGUUACUGAAUUUCCAGCGCCAGCUAAGACAAGAGGUAGUAGCCUGCAUGCGUCGUGACACAACACUGGAGACAGCACUGAACUCCAAAGCCUACAAACGAAGCAAACGCCAGACUUUGAGGGAGGCCCGUAUGACAGAAAAGCUUGAGAAACAGCAGAAGAUAGAACAAGAAAGGAAACGUAGACAGAAACACCAGGAAUAUCUGAACAGCAUAUUACAGCAUGCUAAAGAUUUUAAAGAAUACCACCGGUCAUUGUCUGGGAAAAUACAAAAAAUUUCUAAAGCUGUGGCAACUUGGCAUGCCAACACUGAACGUGAGCAGAAAAAGGAAACUGAGAGAAUUGAGAAAGAAAGAAUGAGAAGACUAAUGGCUGAAGAUGAAGAAGGCUACCGUAAGUUGAUUGACCAAAAGAAAGAUAGACGCCUAGCCUACUUAUUGCAGCAGACAGAUGAGUAUGUGGCUAAUCUGACCAACCUGGUAUGGGAGCACAAACAGGCACAAGCAGCCAAAGAGAAGAAAAAGAGGAGGAGAAGAAAGAAGAAGGGAGAAGAAAAUGCAGAAGGAAUGGGAUCUGGUCUUGGUCCUGAUGGAGAGCCCAUAGAUGAGAGCAGUCAGAUGAGUGACCUUCCAGUCAAAGUGACUCACACUGAAACAGGCAAAGUUCUUCUUGGACCAGAAGCACCAAAAGCAAGUCAGCUAGAUGCUUGGUUGGAAAUGAACCCUGGCUAUGAAGUUGCUCCCAGGUCAGACAGUGAAGAUGAAAGUGGCUCUGAAUAUGAGGAGGAGGAUGAUGAAGAAGAAUCAAGUAGGUUAGAAGCAGAUGAGAAGAUACUUCUGGAUCCUAACAGCGAGGAAGUUUCUGAGAAAGAUGCUAAACAAAUCAUUGAGACAGCCAAACAAGAUGUGGAUGAUGAAUACAGUAUGCAAUAUAGUGCUAGAGGGUCUCAGUCAUACUACACUGUUGCUCAUGCAGUCGUAGAGAGGGUGGAGAAGCAGUCUUCUCUUCUUAUUAAUGGUACACUAAAACAUUAUCAGCUCCAGGGCCUGGAAUGGAUGGUUUCACUCUAUAAUAACAAUUUGAAUGGAAUUUUAGCUGAUGAAAUGGGUCUAGGAAAAACCAUACAGACUAUUGCGCUCAUCACUUAUCUGAUGGAACACAAAAGACUCAACGGCCCCUAUCUGAUCAUUGUCCCCCUUUCAACUUUAUCCAACUGGACAUACGAAUUUGACAAAUGGGCUCCUUCUGUGGUGAAAAUAUCUUACAAGGGGACACCUGCCAUGCGUCGCUCACUUGUUCCUCAGCUUCGAAGUGGAAAAUUUAAUGUUCUUUUAACUACUUAUGAGUACAUAAUAAAGGACAAACAUAUUCUUGCUAAGAUUCGAUGGAAAUACAUGAUAGUAGAUGAAGGUCAUCGAAUGAAGAACCAUCACUGCAAGCUGACUCAGGUCUUGAACACUCACUAUGUGGCCCCUAGGAGGAUACUGUUGACUGGGACUCCACUUCAGAACAAAUUGCCUGAACUCUGGGCUCUUCUCAACUUCCUUCUCCCUACCAUUUUCAAGAGCUGCAGCACCUUUGAACAGUGGUUCAAUGCUCCAUUUGCCAUGACUGGAGAAAGGGUGGACUUAAAUGAGGAAGAGACUAUCCUGAUCAUUCGUCGUCUCCACAAAGUGCUCCGGCCCUUUUUGCUAAGGAGACUGAAAAAAGAGGUUGAGUCUCAACUGCCAGAAAAGGUUGAAUAUGUAAUCAAAUGUGACAUGUCAGCUCUUCAGAAGAUUCUGUACCGCCACAUGCAAGCCAAGGGAAUCCUUCUCACAGAUGGUUCUGAGAAAGACAAGAAGGGAAAAGGUGGGGCAAAAACUCUUAUGAACACAAUCAUGCAAUUGAGAAAGAUAUGCAAUCACCCAUAUAUGUUUCAACAUAUUGAGGAAUCCUUUGCUGAAUAUUUAGGCUACUCAAAUGGUGUCAUCAAUGGGUAA